AUGAAACUCUCCGUCACCGUUGCCGAUCAUACCGUCGUCGACUCUGUUGGCGGCGUCGUUGAUAAAUCGUUGUAUACUUCCCUCGAUAAUUCCAAAUUCCCAACUGGUCGAACCAAAUCAGAGUCUUCUUCUCCCGUGCGGGCUUCUUGCUUCAGAACUUCUGCAAUAUUUUAUGGAAGCUUCCUUGAAGCCUUUGGACUUUGUGAAAGUUGCGAUAGUAAAGAAAAAUUUCUGAGGAAGGGGUCUGUUUUUGGAAUUUGCAUGGGUGAUCGAUCAAUCGAGUCACUUUAUGAUACAAAAUGA